GCAACAAUCACUGAAGGUCUGAAGCUCUUUAUUUGGAAUAUAUUUUAUAUUAAUAUUAAUAUAUUUUUUUAAUUAGGGUUUUGAAAUCCCUCUUUCCACCCCUUCAUUCCUUAUCAAUCAAUCAAUCAAUCAAUUAAGCCCUAAUUCCAAAACUUACUUACAGAAGUGAUUAUUAUAAUUAACUGUAAAAUAAUCAUGCCGGAUACACAUGCACUUGUUAAUGAGUUCCUAACGAAGCUCAGAAGACGUAAGAUUGAAGGUUCAAAGGCUGCUGCAAAGCUGACAGCAGAGUUACUGCGUACAGUAAUAUCGCAGCAGCGAAUUCCGAAUACGAAUCAAGCCGGGGCGCUUGUCGAUGCUAUCAAAGCUAUUGGUGAACAGCUUGUUGCUGCUAAUCCUGUUGAACUUGCUGUCGGUAAUAUUGUGAGGCGUGUUCUCCAUAUAAUUAGGGAAGAGGAUCUUUCACUCACGACAUCUGCUAUUGAUGGGUUGAAUUUAUCAACGGUUAGUGAUGAUGAAAAUGAUGGUGAACGAGGUGAUUAUCCAGCUCUAUCAGCUGCUGCUGUUGCUGCUGCUGCUAGAAAUUCCCUGAGAGCUCCAUCUUUGCAAACCCUUAUAGAAGAUGUGCCUCACUCUGCAACUGUUCACCAUUCUUACUCUUCUGCGGAGGAUUCCGAAGAAAAAACCAAAUCUACUGACAAAAAUUCAAGGAGUAGAAAGCUAAAACAUAAUGUAAUCGAGACCGUCAAUGAACUUAUUCAAGAUAUUGCAACUUGUCAUGAGCAGAUUGCUGAACAAGCAGUUGAGCAUAUUCAUCAUAAUGAGGUUAUAUUGACCUUAGGAAGUUCAAAAACCGUAAUCGAGUUUCUUUGUGCCGCAAAGGAGAAGAAGAGAUCAUUUCGAGUGUUUGUAGCAGAAGGUGCUCCUAGGUAUGAAGGACACAUGCUUGCAAAAGAAUUGAUCGAUCGGGGACUACAAACGACAUUAAUUACCGAUUCUGCUGUAUUUGCAAUGAUUUCUCGUGUGAACAUGGUUAUUGUUGGGGCUCAUGCGGUGAUGGCAAAUGGUGGCGUUAUUGCACCUGUUGGAUUAAAUAUGGUUGCACUGGCAGCUCAAAGGCAUGCUGUCCCUUUUGUAGUUCUUGCUGGCAUUCAUAAGCUCUGUCCCCUGUAUCCUCACACACCAGAGGUUCUAUUAAACGAACUGAAGUCCCCAUCUGAUUUAUUGGAUUUUGGAGAGUUCUCAGAUUGUAUGAAUUCUGCCACAGGCAUUGGCUCACCUCUUCUUCAUGUUGUGAACCCUGCAUUUGACUAUGUGCCACCAAAGCUUGUCAGUUUAUUUAUCACGGACACUGGAGGGCACAACCCAUCAUACAUGUAUCGGCUAAUUGCUGAUUAUUACGCUGCUGAUGAUUUGGUCUUACAACCCAAGCAUGCUUCUUGACAUUGCUCUAUCGAUAUCCAUUAUUUGUUCAUGAUGUAAGCCAUCUCAUGCUUCAAGUAGUUCUUUGAUAAAUAUCGACAUAAUACGUGGAUGGUUCUCACUUCUCAGCAAUCAGGGUAAACAUGUUUCAAUUGUGAUAUGUGCAAGGGACUACGAGUAAGAUGCUCUUGUGUUAGAUUGGUGUUUUUGAAACCUACUUUCCAUCUUUCUAGAUAUCAAAAGUAGUAGCAAUUUUGAUGGGUCAUUGCUGACUAA